UAAAUGUAGCUGUGGACUCGGGAAGGCCCGGCCGACUCCCACUCCUGCUUCCAAGCUGCUGCCAACCAUUUAAUAUCUGCUUACUUUCUCUUUUAAUAUGUUCUAUCUACACUUCUGUUAAAAUGUAAUAAUCUCUGUUGUUUACAUUAGUUUUGGAUGAUACUACAAAUUUGGGUAUCAAUCCGAUACCAAGUAGUUACAGGAUCAUACAUUGGUCAUAUACAAAGUCCUCAUGUGUCCAGGGACAUAUUUCUUGAGUUUAUAAACAUAAUAUCCAUUUUUAAAAAACGAAAGAAGAUGUUGUGAUGCCAAAAAAUAUUGACGUAAUCAUUGGCGUACCGGUGCUUUUUAGAGACGGUAUAGUACAGAAUAUGAUUAGUUAGUAUCGCGGUACUAUAUUAAUACUGGUAUACCGUACAACCCUAUAACCUUGUUACACAGUUUGCAUAGGCAACUGUUUUUGAAUGGAUUGAUGAGCAACUUGAUAACUUGUUUGUAACAGUGAUUAAUAUAGAAAUAUAAAUGUAUAGGGAUUCGACAUAUUAUUCCGUAAUUGCCUACGCAUUUCCACCCAUCCAUUGAUUAUUAUAUACUUUUUCUCGGUAUACUGUAAAAAAAAAACACAACUGCAGAUUUUAAGGGUAAAAUGUUGCUGUAAAAUGUACACCUUUUUUUUACAGCCUGUUGAUUUAAAAUGGAAAAACCGUACCACUGCUUUUAUACUGUAUAAUUCAGCGGCUGAACAGCUUCUUUUUUUUUUUACACAAAAAUCUCUGGUUGUACAGUGUGUUACUGCAAAUGAAAACAUGUUACCAGUGUUUUUUGUUUUUUUAUGGUAAAAUUCUGUCAACUGAGCUGCAAAUUUUUUUUUUUUACCGUUAAAUCUACUUUCGUAAGUAGAGGUACCACUGUAUUUAAAUCCAGUAACAAAUUAAAUAAUAGGGAUGUCCGAUAAUGGCUUUUUGCCGAUAUCCGAUAUUCCGAUAUUGUCCAACUCUUUAAUUACCAAUACCGAUAUCAACCGAUAUAUACAGUCGUGGAAUUAACACAUUAUUAUGCCUAAUUUGGACAACCAGGUAUGGUGAAGAUAAGGUACUUUAAAAAAAUAAAAAAUAAAUAAAAAUAAGAUAAAUAAAUUAAAAACAUUUUCUUGAAUAAAAAAGAAAGUAAAACAAUAUAAAAACAGUUACAUUGAAACUAGUAAUUAAUGAAAAUGAGUAAAAUUAACUGUUAAAGGUUAGUACUAUUAGUGGACCAGCAGCACGCGCAAUCAUGUGUGCUUACGGACUGUAUCCCUUGCAGACUGUAUUGAUAUAUAUUGAUAUAUAAUGUAGGAACCAGAAUAUUAAUAACAGAAAGAAACAACCGUUUUGUGUGAAUGAGUGUGAAUGAGUGUAAAUGGGGGAGGAAGGUUUUUUGGGCUUGGUGCACUAAUUGUAAGUGUAUCUUGUGUUUUUUAUGUUGAUUUAAAAACAAAACAAAAAAACCCCAAAAAAACCCAAUACCGAUAAUAAAAAAAACGAUACCGAUAAUUUCCGCUAUUACAUUUUAACGCAUUUAUCGGCCGAUAAUAUCGGCAGGCCGAUAUUAUCGGACAUCUCUAUUAAAUAACACAUUUUGUAGAGAAUAUAUUAGAGCUGGGAAUAUUUAGGCAACUCACGAUUCAAUUACAAUUACAAUUCAGGAGCUAUGAUUCGAUUAAAAAUCUAUUAUUGAUGACUCUUUAUAUUAUGCCUAUUAAUGCAGUUUUUCAUUUCACUAAAUAAGCAUUUUUCACUUGCAACUUAAAAAACCCCAAUUCAUUUGGAAUAAGAAACAGUUAAAUUAAUUCCCACAUUUAUUCAAUUGAUGAAAAUGUGUGCAAAACUGUGCCAGAAGUGACCUAUAAUAAAGGAGCUGAAACGGUCUCUCAGUGAGGUAGUUCGCUGCUGUCAGCCAAUAUUAGAACUGUCUGCAUUACUUUAUUUUCAAUAAAUAAGUCAAUUAUCAAUUAUUGACAUUUACUAAUCAAUUGUACAAUCGUCCAUGUCCAAUUUACAAUGCAUCUAAAAAUCGAUUAUUUCCCCCCCCUCUAGAAUAUAUAUAGUUUUACUAUACAUGCGGAAAACGACGAAUAACAAGUAUAAAUUAACAUUUAACAUUACUUAUACUUUUAAUGAAGACUCUAAUUGACAAAGACACAAUUUGUUCUCACAUUCUCUAUCAAAGUGUUGGCACUCACAACUUUCUUUGGCCUAAUGGGGGCUUAUUUUGCAGUCAUAUUAAAUAACAAAAAUACACUGAUUCAAUUUUAACAUAAAAAGACACAUUUAACAUUUUGGUCACUGCACUGGGUGUUAUUUGUAGCCAAUUUGCUUGAGUAACAAGAUGGGAAAAUUGAAAAGUCCGGCUGCUCAUCAUUUUUUUUAUUUUUUUUGUUAGAGUAAACCUAUGGGUUCCAUCGCUAAUGGCGUCUUCUUCCAAUCUCAUCCGGCUGUGGGCCUUUUGUGUCGUAAACGUAUGGCCUCGCAAGUGCAAGUGUUCUCCCCUCACACUCUUCAGACAAGUGCCUUCUUUAGCGUGAAGAAACUGAAGGUGGAGCAGAGUUGCAACUGGGAUAUGACAGGGUACGGCACGCACAGCAAAGUCUACAGCCACAACAGCAGCAAGAACGUGUCGGCCCUGAGCGGCCCCUUCGGCAUUAACAGCUCUCUGCAGGUAGCCAGCUCCACCCUUCCCUACGAGCAGGCGCUCAUCUUCCCGGCAACCGCAGGCCACAUUGUGGUGGCCUCAGCCAGCAGCACUUCAGGGGCCAUAGGCUCCUUGUUGGCAAGCGGGGGUGGAGGCAGCAACGGCAGUGGAGGGGGUGGCGGUGGAAGCGGCGUCGGGGUUCACAAUCUGACCCGCCGCAGCACGGUCAGUCUCCUAGACACCUACCAGCGAUGUGGGCUUAAACGCAAAAGCGAGGAGCUCGACAACAACAGUAGUGUGCAGAUAAUAGAGGAGCACGGUCCACUGAUGAUCCAGAACGGAGCAGCCAGUGGCGCCACAGUGGCUACCGUGGCCACCGCCGCCUCCACGGCAACAUCUAAGAACAGCGGCUCCAACAAUGAGGGGGACUACCAACUGGUGCAGCAUGAGGUGCUCUGCUCCAUGACCAACACCUAUGAAGUGCUGGAGUUCUUGGGGCGAGGAACUUUUGGGCAGGUGGUUAAGUGCUGGAAGAGGGGCACCAACGAGAUCGUGGCAAUCAAGAUCCUAAAGAACCACCCGUCUUACGCGCGGCAGGGUCAAAUCGAGGUCAGCAUCCUGGCGCGUCUCAGCACGGAGAGCGCGGACGAUUACAACUUUGUGAGGGCGUACGAGUGCUUCCAGCACAAGAACCACACGUGCCUGGUGUUUGAGAUGCUGGAGCAGAACCUGUACGACUUCCUGAAGCAGAACAAGUUCAGCCCACUGCCGCUAAAGUACAUCAGACCCGUGUUACAGCAGGUGGCUACAGCGCUGAUGAAGCUGAAGAGUCUGGGUUUGAUCCAUGCUGACCUGAAGCCGGAGAACAUCAUGCUUGUGGAUCCGUCUCGACAGCCCUACAGGGUUAAGGUCAUUGACUUUGGCUCAGCUAGCCAUGUGUCUAAAGCUGUCUGCUCCACUUAUCUUCAGUCCAGAUACUACAGGGCUCCAGAAAUCAUCCUAGGUUUACCAUUCUGCGAGGCAAUAGACAUGUGGUCCCUGGGCUGUGUGAUAGCUGAGCUCUUCCUGGGAUGGCCUCUCUAUCCUGGAGCCUCGGAGUACGAUCAGAUCCGGUACAUCUCACAGACUCAGGGUCUGCCUGCAGAGUAUCUGUUGAGUGCAGGGACAAAGACCACCAGGUUCUUCAACAGAGACGCAGAGUCCACCUACCCUCUUUGGAGACUUAAGACUCCUGAGGACCACGAGGGAGAAACAGGGAUCAAGUCCAAGGAGGCGCGCAAGUACAUCUUCAACUGCUUGGACGAUAUGGCCCAGGUGAACAUGACGUCAGAUCUGGAGGGGAGCGACUUGCUGGCGGAGAAAGCCGACAGGAGGGAGUUCAUCGACAUGCUAACCAAGAUGCUGACCAUAGACGCGGAUAAGAGGAUCACGCCUAUAGAAACGCUCAACCACCCGUUUGUUACCAUGUCGCAUCUCCUCGACUUCCCGCACAGCACACAUGUGAAAUCAUGCUUCCAGAAUAUGGAGAUAUGUAAGCGCCGCGUCAACAUGUACGACACGGUCAACCAGAGCAAGACGCCCUUCAUCGCCCACGUGGCCCCCAGCACCUCCACCAACCUUACCAUGACCUUCAACAACCAGCUCAACACUGUGCACAGCCAGGCUACCAACCUGGCUCCCUCCUCCACCAACAAUGCCACCCUUUCCUUUGCAAGUCCUGAUGUCUCCAUACUAAACUACCAAUCUGCACUCUACCAGCCGUCUGCUGCCUCCAUGGCAGCUGUGGCCCAAAGGAGCAUGCCUCUGCAGACUGGGGCUCCUCAGCUCUGUGCUGCCCGGCCCGAUCCCUUCCAGCAGGCGCUCAUCGUCUGUCCUCCUGGCUUCCAAGGACUGCAGGCAUCUCCUUCCAAGCACAACAGUUACUCCAUGCGGAUGGAGAAUGCUGUGCCCAUAGUGACACAGGCUCCGGGUGCCCAGCCUCUGCAGAUCCAACCUGGCCUCCUGACUCAGCAGGCUUGGCCCAGCGGCACCCAGCAGAUCCUGCUGCCCCCAGCCUGGCAGCAGCUCACUCACACCUCGGUCCAGCACGCCGCCGUCAUCCCGGAAUCCAUGAGCAGCACACAGCCUCUCGCCAGCUGGAGGAAUUCGCACCCUCAUGGCAGCCAUUACAAUUCCAUCAUGCAGCAGCCAGCCUUGUUGGCGGGCCAUGUCGCGCUCCCAUCCAGCCAGACGCUCAAUGUUGGAGUUGCUCAUGUCAUGAGGCAACCCUCCUCCAACAAUAACUCAUCUUCCAAAAAGAACAAACAGCACCAGCAUUCUGGCAGGAACACUUCAGCCUACGAAGUGUCGUCUUCUCAGGCGGUGCUGUCGCCGCAGCGCUCCAAGCGGGUGAAGGAGAACACGCCCCCACGUUGCGCCGUGCUUCAAAGCAACUCCGCCUCCAUCUGCCCUAACUCGCAGGGCUGCGGGUGGGGCGGCGCUAUGGAGGCAGAGCAGGCAUCCAGCACAACGCGUGACAACAUGAACCAACAGCACGUGCCCAGACAGACCAUCAUCAUCCCGGACACGCCCAGCCCCGCCGUUAGCAUCAUCACCAUCAGCAGUGACACUGACGAGGAGGACGACCAUAAACAAAACAAUGGCUCCUCCUCUAAGCAGAGGAAGAAUGUUAUCAGCUGUGUGACCGUCCAUGACUCACCUGACACCGACUGUUCCAUCAACAACAGCCCUUACACUGUGGAGUCCAGAACAACCACCACCAACAACAACAACAGCAGCUACGACACAAAGACCUUCAUACUGGACAAUUACAACAACGGCAACCCGCGCACCAUCAUCAUCCCCCCACUCAAAACCCAGACCAGCGAGGUUGUGAAUGAGUGUGAACGCUUGAUGCCAGAUGCAAUGAAUCAUCAGAAUUCCACAUAUAAGUUCAAAUCCUCCAAUGGAGUGGUCUCUGGCAAUAAUCACGUCCAUGGAGGGGUGACUGCAUCGUACCGACAGCAGCGCUCAGGGCCACACCUCUUUCAGCAACAGCCUCUUAAUCUCAGCCAGGCCCAGCAGCACAUGGUAGCAGACCGAAACGGAGGUCACCGCCGCCAGCAGGCCUACAUCACCCCCACCAUCGCUGCUCAGGCCCCAUACUCCUUCCAUCACAACAGCCCCUCCCACGCCGGCAACGUGCACCCGCACCUGGCGGCCACGCACAUCCCGAGCCAGCCGCACCUCUACGCCUACACGGCGCCGGCCGCUCUGGGCUCCACGGGCACGGUGGCUCACCUGGUGGCGUCGCAGGGCUCGGCCCGCCACACCAUCCAGCACGGGAGCUACCCGCCGAGCAUCGUUCACCAGGUUCCGGUCAGCAUGAGCCACCGCGUGCUGCCCUCACCCACCCUGCACCACAGCCAGUACCAGGCCCAGUUUUCCCACCAGGCCUACAUCAGCGCCUCGCCUGCCUACACUGGAUACCCAUUGAGCCCCGCCAAGGUGAACCAGUACCCUUACCUCUAGAGAAGACACUGGAUAGGCUGCUGCCUCCUCACAAUCCCCCUUAGCCCCAUCGUCAUCCCCCUCGACCCCACUUCAGAACCCAGACGGAGGACCUCGCAAUCCUCAUGAAGCGGUCCCUCACAACUUGAAGACAAGAGAAAGAAGAAGUUGGACAAGAGGUUGCGUUUCUUUCCAUUGUUUUUCUCUGCAAAGGGCCAGUUUAGAUUCUUUUUUUCUACUUCAUGAGGAAAGUCUCACUCGUUUUACAGGGAAGUUUUGGCGACGGGAUGCAUCGGGGGAAGGGGGGCUGCUGAAAGAGGGGUCACUGACUGGAAGUUUGGAAUCCCAAGAUGAAUUGGGUGAAGGUGAAAUACGGAAACCUGCUGCUCUUCAAAGAUUUAAAAAAAUAUCGAUGGCCUUGAACUGUCUUAAUAUUUCCACACUUGGUGUCGGGAGAAAAGCGGGGCGACUCCCCUCCACUCCACCUCUUUAAGCCAAGGAGGCUUUCUGGAAAUAUAACCAACAAAAGACAAGAAACUUUUGUAAUGUAUUUAUAGAUAUUUUUUGUUUCUCAAUACUUUCGUUUUAGCGAUAGGUGUCUUAGCCUGGCCCCCGUUCAUAGAAUGUAGCAGUCCACACCAACAUCUUUUUCUCCUGAUACCAAUACAUUGAUUUGUUCCUAUUUUUACCGUGAUUGCACAACGUGGUUAUAAUAACAUAGGCAUGUAUAAUGUGUGUGUGUGUGUGUGUGUGUGUCGGCCGCGUGUGUGUAGUCCACCUCAUUUAGGUUCCGUUCCCUCGUAGUGCCUUACAGACGUAACAACACCGUUUACUCACAAAUCCACACGACACAAUGGAGACACACGUAGGUGUUGUCCCUGCUUUGACAGCUUUCCAGGUGUAGGCUCUGCUCCUUGCAUGGUCUCAAAGACUCUAGAUGACUUAGGUCUUUUUAUUGUGCUGUGCAUGAGGUAACUUGUUUGGGUGUACUUACCAAAGUCUUUGAUAAAUCCUUCUGGGGUUGCCGUAAAUGCAAAUGUGAAAUGAUGUAGCGUAGCCGUGACAGCCUGUUCUUAAAAUCAUUUUAUAGUUUGUACAAUACAAAAAUUAACUGAUAAUAGUCAUUUUUGUGCAUACAGUAGAACCCCGGCUAUUCGCAAAUGAAUAUACAGGUAUUUGACGCCACAUCAGCUCGCUCCUUCCCCUCCAAAUCCUACUGCUAGCUUAAUUUAACAUUAUCCUCCCAUCAACAGUUGUUGUACUGUAGGUCGAUCAAAGUUUUUGAUGAUUUAUAUUUAUAUAGCUCUUUUUUUCUAGAGACUCAAUGCGCUUUACAUAGUGAAACCUAUUAUCUACAUCUUUAAGCUGUAUUCAAACCAG